AUGACUCUAGAUAUAGAAUCCAUGAUAGCCCCCAGUAUACUUCAUUUUCGAAAACUAAGGUUCAAGGCGGGUGAAUUGUAUCUGAAAAAUGUUUUGCAGUGCGGACAAGCGUUUCGAUGGAUUUUUCAUGAGAAGUUAGGCCAAUAUUCAACAACUAUGAGAGUUGAUGAUCGGUUCAGCAUAAUAGUAGUAAAACAGGAACAAGAAGACUGCAUAGAAUAUGCGGCGGUUGGGAAUAAUGAGUGUCGCGCUCUGGGUGACUUUUUGGCACGCUAUUUCCGACUAGAAGUACCACUGGGUUCCCUUUACGAAAAUGAGUGGCUUCUACGAGAUUCCAAAUUCAUCAAUAAAAGCCCCAGCGGAGUACGCAUCUUGAGUCAGGAUCCGUGGGAAACGUUGGUAUCCUAUAUUUGCUCGAGCAAUAACAAUAUAUCCCGAAUCACCAAGAUGUGCCACGCGUUGUGUACCGAAUUUGGGAACCUGAUAGGAAAUUACGAUGGCGUCGAUUACUAUUCAUUUCCAACCAGCAACGAAAUUGCUCAAAGAGCUUCAGAAGAGGCACUGCGGGUGCUUGGUUUCGGUUACAGAGCAAAGUAUAUCAUAGCUACUGCUCGAAAAAUGGCCUUAGAGCGACUUCAGAUGUCAGAUAGCGAAUGUUUACAGUCUUGGAGGGAUCAUUUACAGUACGAGCAGGUACGUGAAAAGAUCAUGGGUUUCAGCGGCGUUGGUCCGAAGGUUGCAGAUUGCGUCUGUUUGUCAGGUUUAGAAAUGGACGACGUAGUGCCUGUGGAUGUACAUAUAGCAAGAAUCGCACUGAGGGACUACAAGUUUAAUGCUAAAAAACAAGAUGUUGAAGAGCUUCAGGUGAGGUACAGAGAACUGCCAAUCACGCGUAAAAAGGUUAAUUAUGAACUCGAUCUGAUCCGGUCAAUGUUCAAAGAAAGAUGGGGAAGUUACGCUGGCUGGGCUCAGGGAAUUGUAUUCGCGCAAGAAGUUGGCAAGACCAGCGGGGCUACUAGCGAAGGUUUUACAAUCAAACGGAAGCUGGAAUUUGAUAUCAAAGUCGAAGUUGACGAAGAGGAGCUAUCAAUCAAAAAAAAGACUUUUGAAACGGUGACUGCGGGACCUAUAAUUAAGAAAGAAUUGAGUCAAGCAACACCAUUUGAGGAAGAAGUGGAAUACAGCAUCACAGGAAGGCCUAGGAGAAAAUCGACCAAAAACAUUGGAUACGAGUUUUGA